AUGAAUUCCAACUCUAUCCAUCUUUCUAUCGGUGGGAUGAUCAGCGUUGCGUUCUGUACCUCAGGCAUCUCGAUCUACAACGCGAGUAUCGUCGUCUGGGACCCAUACAGCUCAUCGAUCCAGCGAGUCAUUUCUAUCCCCGGAAUUAGCCACAGCGGCUUGGAAGCUUCUGAUAAAAGACUCUCUGGGACUAUUAUCGACCCCACAAACAACAUUCUGUCUGCUGUCGUACAGGCUGACGAAUUCUUCCUAAGUGGGGGAAACGAUGUGAGCGGCGAUAACUUUAUCGUCAAGGUCGAUCUGAACACUUUUGCAAUCAAGAAGAUUAACCUAACGGCUACCACCAAGGGCCAGUACGGGGCGUUUAUUGACCUUGAUAAUGGCCCUUCUGGAGAUCUUUAUGUUAAUGGUGGUUAUCCAUCUAGUAUCCUCCGCAUUGACUGCAAGGAUAGAGCUUCACCUUUCUACGUCCGCGAACCAACCACUUCUCCGCGUCCAUAUGGGUUUGGAGGCGUGGUGCGCGUCGGCGAUAAUCUCAUCGUCAGCGACAACACCAAUCAUCAGCUCGUCAGGUUCACUAUCCACAGUGGCCAUGGCUCACCGGUUGUUAUCUCACAGAUAAACUAUCGCAACUUUUCCGGUGGAGCUUCUCUAAGCCUACCUCAUAGGUACGGCGGAAAGGUUUUGCUGAUGGCAGAAGAUGUCAUUGCUAAGAACACAACUGGGGUCUCUGUGUUCAGCUCGAAGGAUGGCUGGAAAACUGCCAAGUUCUUGGGCUUCAUAGAGAGUAUUGAAAGGAAGCUGGAACCUGCCUCGGCGGCUAUUAGUCAGACUUCUGCGCAUGAGCUUGGCGAUCGUAUUUAUUCGAGCGUGUUGUUCUACGACAACAAGAUUAACCCUACGAUGGCGGGCAACCGAACUGACUUUGCGCUGCGGGAUAUCACGGAUUCAGUUGACUCCCUGCUAAAGGCAAAUGGAUUCAACAUGUAG